AAAAACCAAAAAAGAAAGAAAAAACAUGGAGGUAAGGAUUAAGGAUUAAGGAGUAAAGAGCAUCUGUUCUUUUAGUUUUUUUUCUCAUCGAAUAAUUUACUUUUCCUAUCUUGGUUGCCACUCCCAGCACUUUAAUCUACUUUUGUCUCAGACCUUCUCCAUACAAAUUGAGGAACUUCUGUGUCUUUGAUCACUCUCUGGUUAGCUUUCUAAGAUAACUAUUUAUAUCUCUUUUGAUUCUGCAAUUUGCCUUUGACCUCAUGCUCUCUGCCUUUGAUCUCAAUCUUAAGGGUUUUGGUUGGAGUUGUUGAGGAUUGUUUAUUUUAAUGGGGAAGGGUUCGAGAAGCAACUGCAAGUCUGCAUCCCACAAACUCUUCAAGGACAGGGCAAAGAACCGGGUGGAUGACCUGCAGGGGAUGUUCUUGGAUCUGCAAUUUGCCAGGAAGGAGAGCCGCAGUGUCGAUGUUGCAGUCCUUGAGGAGCAAGUCCAUCAGAUGCUCCGUGAAUGGAAAGCAGAACUCAAUGAACCUUCUCCAGCAUCUUCAUUGCAACAAGGAGGGAGUCUUGGUUCAUUUUCAUCAGACAUUUGCCGGCUGCUGCAGCUUUGCGAGGAGGAAGAUGAUGCAACUAGUGUCCUAGCAGCUCCAAAGCCUGAGCCUGAUGACCAAAAUCUGCAAGUAGGAGAUACUGCUGCUUUCCAAGAGGUUUAUGGAGUGAAUCAGGGGCAACAUGAGCGUGGCUUUCCAUUAGUUGAUCAUUGCAAAGACUCACCUUCAGGAGUCCGUACCAUGCCAAUUAACAACUUGGAUGGAGCUACUCAAUUGGAAUACCACCAGUUUGAUUUGCAUCAGGAUUUUGAGCACUUCUACACAGGUUUUAAUGGUACUGGUUUCUCUGGGGAGGAUGCCAUGCUUCAUACUUCUAGCUAUCUGCCAAGUAUAUGCCUGCCACCAUCUGCAUUCCUAGGUCCAAAGUGUGCACUUUGGGAUUGUCCAAGGCCAGCUCAAGCGUUGGACUGGUCUCAAGACUACUGUAGUAGCUUUCAUGCUGCUUUAGCAAUGAAUGAAGGGCCACCUGGAAUGGGCCCGAUUCUGCGACCUGGUGGCAUAGGCCUCAAGGAUGGGCUGCUCUUUGCUGCUCUCAGUGCUAAGGCACAAGGAAAAGAUGUGGGUAUACCAGAAUGCGAGGGGGCUGCAACUGCGAAGUCUCCAUGGAAUGCUCCUGAGCUCUUUGAUCUUUCAGUUCUUGACGGUGAAUCAAUUAGGGAGUGGCUCUUUUUUGAUAAGCCUCGAAGAGCAUUUGAAAGUGGGAACAGGAAGCAGAGGUCUUUGCCAGAUUACAGCGGGCGUGGCUGGCAUGAGUCAAGGAAGCAAGUUAUGAAUGAAUUUGGAGGACUGAAGAGAUCAUACUACAUGGAUCCUCAGCCACUGAACCAUUUUGAGUGGCACCUUUAUGAAUAUGAAAUCAACAAGUGUGAUGCUUGUGCCUUGUAUAGGUUGGAGUUGAAGCUCGUUGACGGCAAGAAAAGUGCAAAGGGGAAAUCAGCUAACGAUACAGUUGCUGAUCUGCAGAAGCAGAUGGGAAGGCUCACUGCAGAGUUCCCAACUGACAACAAACGCUAUGUCAAAGGACGGGCAAAGAUUAAUGCAAAGGUCACUGUUGGAAAUCCUUAUUCCACCCAAAAUGCGGUGGCACCAACCAGUGAGAAGUUCGAUUACGGGCAUGGUUUGCAGUACGACUAUCUCAUCGACGAUUUAAGUGGCUAUUAUCUAACAUAGUCAGAAAAUGGAUAAAAGGUGAAAUAGCCACAACCAUUGAUCUAGUUAUAUAAAUCUGCUGAAGCUUUUUUACUCAAAAGAAAGUGGUGGGAGAUUCUGCAUUUUUACUGGUCCUUUCUGCAGUUCUUAAUUACUAGAAAACCAAGUCAAGCUCUUAUUUUUGGUGGCCAUAAAUUUGUACAGUGCUCAUAUUUUCGGGGUUGAUGCCCUGAGCUAACUUCUGGAAGAGGGUGACAAGCAAAAGAAAUGGCUAUUUUUUCUUCAUACCGACCAUUUGAAAACCUUAAAGCUAAUUAUAUUUGUAGGGUUUUAAUACUUGUAUGCUAAAUCUUUCAGCUGCUCAUGAAAGAUAAUCUCAGUCUGUAACUGGGUAUAUAUGAAUGGAAUACAUUUCUCGGGUCGUUAUAA